AUGAACAUUCCCAACUCGUCGACGGCGCCCGCCGCGGGAGAGUACGCCGGAGAUGAGGUCUCGGCGAUUGUUCUUGACCCCGGUUACUCGACGGUACGCGCUGGCUUCGCCGGUGAAGAUGUACCCAAAUCCGUGUGCCCAUCCUUUUACGGCCAGACAUCGUCAGGCGAAUAUCUCUUUGGCGAAAACUCGAUACACGCCCCAGCUGGCGGUCUGGAGAUCAAGAAUUACUGGGGCUCGGACGGGAUAGUCGAAGACUGGGAUACCGCGACCAAGCUGUGGGAGUAUGCGAUAACGAGCCGACUCACGGGCGCAAAACCGACCGACCCUACUAAGAAUGGGCUGAACGACGACAAGGACGCGAACGGGAAUGGCGAAGCCAUGGACGUGGACAUGGACGCGCUGGAAAACAACGAGAAGCCGUUAGAAGACAGUCCACUUCUUGUCACAGAACCCGGCUGGAACAGUGCAAAAGCACGGGAAAAGUACAUUGAGAUUGCAAUGGAGGACUGGGGAACUCCAGCCUUCUUUUUGCAAAAGACGGGUGUGUUGGCUGCCUUUGCUUCGGGCAAGGCAUCUGGCAUCAUCAUCGACGUUGGUGCCUCACAUACAUCCGUCACGCCUGUACUCGAUGGUAUGGUACUGCGUAAGGGCGUGCAAAAGUCUCCUCUAGCUGGAAACUUUGUCUCUGAGCAAAUCCGAACGUCGUUUAAGCAGGCCCAACCCGAGGUACCACUGACACCACACUACAUGGUGAAGAGCAAGAUACCCGUCGAUGCAGGCCAACCCGCGCAAGCAACCUACAAAACCUUCCCCACACCGCCCACCGAUUCUUUCCGCCUCAACGAAGAAGAGCGCAUCCUGACCUCAUUCAAAGAGUCCGUCGUAGAAGUAUGGCCCGGUCCCGGCCGCUUCAACGCGAACGAAGAGCUCGCAAAGAGCAUGCCAGGCCGCCCCUUCGAAAUGCCCGACGGCUGGAACCAAGUCUUUGGCAUUGAGCGCUUCCGCGCCGCAGAAGGCCUCUUCGAUGCCACCGCCGCCCUCGCCACAGAAACCACCCCGCAACCAAAGCCCGAACAAACCAUCCCUAAACUCGUCCAAGCCGCCGUCCAACAAGUCGACGCCGACCAGCGGCCCCUGCUCCUCUCCAACAUCGUCGUCACCGGCGGCAGCACACUGCUGUACAAGUUCAACGAGCGUCUCAACUACGAAAUUAAUGCCAUCUACCCCAGCACGAGGAACAAGCUCAUUGCGCCCGGUAGCGUGGUGGAAAGGAAAUACGCGGCAUGGAUUGGCGGUAGUAUAUUGGCUAGUCUGGGCAGCUUUCACCAGCUGUGGAUCUCGAGAAAGGAGUACGAGGAGCACGGUGCGGGCAUUGUGGAGAAGAGAUGUCGUUAG